GUUGUUAGCGGCGUGUUCAUGGAACGAAGAGGAAAACAUCUUCAUCGUCACUGAUUCUACCUCUGAAAUAAAAAGACUCCCCAGCCAUGGGAGUUCCUGCAUUCUUCCGAUGGCUGAGCAGGAAAUACCCUUCAAUAAUUGUGAAUUGUAUCGAACAGAAGGCAAAAGAAGUUGAUGGACAAAAGGUACCAGUCGAUACCAGUCAGCCAAAUCCAAAUGACUAUGAAUUUGACAAUUUAUACCUUGAUAUGAAUGGGAUCAUCCAUCCAUGCUGUCACCCUGAAGACAAGCCUGCUCCUAAGAAUGAAGACGAGAUGAUGGUUUUAAUCUUUGAGUUUAUAGACAGAAUCUUUUCAAUCGUGCGACCAAGAAAAGUGUUGUACAUGGCCAUUGAUGGUGUGGCACCACGAGCUAAAAUGAACCAGCAAAGGUCAAGGCGAUUCAGGGCCUCUAAGGAAACGGUAGAGAAGAAGGAGGAGAUGGCUGAAAUGCGGGCCCAGCUUGAAGCCAAAGGCUGCAGUUUACCGCCUCCCAAACCCCCGGGGGAGCAUUUUGACAGUAACUGUAUCACACCGGGCACACCAUUCAUGUUCAAACUGGCCGAGUGUCUGAUCUACUACAUCUAUGACAGACUGAACACUGAUCCUGGAUGGCAAAAUAUCAAGAUAAUCUUGUCCGACGCCAACAGUCCAGGGGAGGGCGAGCACAAAAUCAUGGACUACAUCCGAAAACAGAGAGCCCAGCCAGACCAUGAUCCCAACACCAAGCACUGCCUGUGUGGCGCUGACGCUGACUUAAUCAUGUUGGGUUUAGCCACACAUGAACCUCACUUCACCAUCAUCAGAGAGGAAUUCAAACCCAAUCAGCCCAGACCAUGUGAGCUCUGUGGUCAGAUUGGUCAUGAAAUGAAAGAAUGUGCAGGUUUACCUAAAGAAAAAACUGAAAAAGGAGAUGAGGUGAAGCCCUUUGUUGGAGAAGAGCAGCAGUACAUCUUUGUGAGACUGAAUAUAUUACGUGAAUACCUAGAGCGUGAACUUGUCAUGGAAAACCUCUCAUUUCCCUACGAUUUUGAGAGGGCAUUAGAUGAUUGGGUUCUCAUGUGUUUCUUCGUCGGUAAUGACUUCUUACCUCACCUGCCAUCACUAGAAAUCAGGGAAGGAGCAAUUGACCGACUUCAACGUCUGUACAAAGAUUGUGUGAGAAAGACCGGGGGUUACCUAACAGAGAAUGGAGUAUUGGACCUCAGCCGGGUACAGUUAGUGUUGUCAGAAUUGGGUGAAGUAGAAGAUGAAAUAUUCAAAAGCAGAAGAAGCAAAGAGAUGUACUUCAAACAACGAGACAGAGAAAAUAAGUUGAGAGCUAAAAGAAUGCAUGAAGGACCCAAAUGGAUACCAGGUGGGGCCCUGACCCCUCAGCCUCUAGGUCACUCCCAUUCAUCGAGGGGCUCCCGAGGGCACAGCAGUCGGGACUCCGCAAAUUCUGAUGCAGCUCAGGCUCUCAAGGCCAUGAUGAGAAAUCCAGAUAAGGCCACUGAUGAUAAGGCAGGGAAGGAGGAUGAGGAAGAACCGGAACCUCAAGAUGAUGUCAAGUUGUGGGAAGCUGGCUGGAAGGAUAGAUAUUACAGAAACAAGUUCAAUGUAGGAACUGAUGACAUAGAGUUCCGACAUAAUGUUGCAAAUCAUUAUGUGCGAGGGCUCUGCUGGGUUUUAAGAUACUACUAUCAGGGCUGUCCUUCUUGGAAGUGGUAUUUCCCGUAUCACUAUGCACCUUUUGCGUCUGACUUUGUCAACAUCGGAGACUUGUCAAAUUCAUUUGAAGCUAACACAGAACCAUUCAAACCCUUAGAACAGUUGAUGGGUGUGUUCCCUGCUGGUAGUAAAGAACACCUGCCUGUAACCUGGCAACGGUUGAUGACCGACCCUGAAUCUCCAAUUAUUGACUUCUAUCCUGUUGACUUCAAGAUAGAUCUGAAUGGAAAGAAAUAUGCCUGGCAAGGUGUUGCCUUGCUGCCAUUUGUGGACGAGAAGAGACUUUUAUCAGCCCUGGCUACUGUGUAUCCUGAUCUCACAAGUGGAGAGAGGAAGAGGAAUACCAAAGGUAGUGACAGGAUGUUUGUUGGUAUUCGCCAUCCUGUCUACACAUUUUUCGAGGGACUGUACGAGGGCACAAUGGCAGUCGAGCCAGUGGACAUGGAUCCCAAACUGACACAGGGUCUUUCCGGCAAAGUGUGGUGUGAUGAAACAGCUGUUAUGACUGGAGGGACUGUUAUGUGUCCAGUGCCAACACUACAUGAUACCCCAGACAAUAGGGCCAUCGGGGUUCACUAUUUAGACCCAGUAUAUGAACAAGGCUACAUCUACAAGGCUAACGUACUCCCCGGGGCAGAAAUGCCUCCCCGCGUCCUUAAGCCAGAGGACUUCAAUAAAAAUAAGCCCUGGAAACCAUGGGUACCACAUAUCGGAAUGUCCCGAGGUGGGUCCUCAAAUCGCGGGGCCAGAGAUAUAGACAGUGCCCUAAGGAUGAUCAGGCACGGUACAGGUGGGGGAGGUGGACAUGACCAGAGAGGUCAGUGGAAUAGUGGCAGGUCAGACUACAGAUCACAUGGCGGGGGAGGAGGUCCGCCAUCUCUUCUCUCAUUGGGUGGAAAUGGAGGAUAUGGAGGAAGAGGACAACAGAGAGGAGGCUACAACCAGGGAUAUGGUGAAGGUCGAGGAGGGGGCCAGCACUUCGACUCUCGCAGUAACUACAGUGGGGGUGGCUAUGGUAACCAGAGAAGUAACUAUGGAAACCAAGGAGGAAAUUAUGGAAAUCAAAGGGGCAACUAUGGUGGUCAUGGAGGUAGCUAUGGAGGUGGAUAUGGAAAUCAGAGUGACAACAGGAGGGACAAUAGAGGAGGUGGUCACCAACAGCAUCAGCCAAGAUUUUACCAGCAGAACAGAUCCCGCCCCUACUAGACUGUCACUUUUUAGGAUUAGUGGCCAGCAGUCCUUUUAGACUGAGGAGGGCGGUAGGAGCCUCACUUGCCACAUGGCCACAUCUUGUGCCACAGAAAUAAAAAGCCUAGUUGAAGGCUUGAAACAUUGAAUUUUCUUCAGAGAUGUACCCCAGGAAUCACAGUAGAGGUUCUCCGUAUUUCAUAGAGAUCCAUCAUUGCUGAGAAACGCAUACAUAACGGAAUACGUGAACUGAUGUAUUCACAGAAAUUGGGGGGAAAUUGUUCAAUCCCAAACUAUUUGAAAGGUUCACAGUGAACAAAUCCCACAUAUUUUAGGAAUUUAUUUAUUAUCAUCAAGAUACAAAAUAUUUUAAUUUUUCAAUGAAAUAGAAUUGAUUUAUAUCAUUCAUUUAAUUGAUUAAUUUAUAACAAUCAAUUUUAACAAGAAAGUCAUUGGUUAUAUGUGUAAUAUUGUUAAUGAUGUAAUUUUAUAAACACGCAUUCAUUGAACAACAUCAACAUUGUAAAGUUACAUUGUUAAACAAUAAAAUCUAUCAUUUCAUAC